AUGGGAAUUUCAGGUGGAAUGAGACCCGGACGCAGAUCUCGUGCUGGCAGGAACCAUUCACCCGCUAGUGAGGGUGAUGAUGAGCAGGUUCCUCGCGGGUUGUUACGGACCGUUGAGCGGUUGUUUGAGCGUUUUGCAGCGGCACUCCCCAAUCCUAGGACUGACUAUACUGUGGAGCGUGCCAGACGCCAUGGGGCGUAUACUUUCUCUAGUGCUCCUACGGAGUCCGUAGCAGGAGACUGGAUUACCCGCAUGGAGAGAGUAUUUGAGUCCUUGGGUUGUCCAGCUGCUAGGAGGGUUCCUUUGGCUAUUGACCUCCUAGACGGGGAUGCAUGGCUUUGGUGGCAAGGUAUCAGGAAUAUGGGUUAUGACCCAACUACUAUGACUUGGGAAGAGUUCAAAACGGAGUUCUCAAAUCGGUACUAUAAUCAGGCAUCCCAGCACCGUCUCCGAUUUGAGUUCAUGCAGUUGAAGCAGACUGAAGAGAUGACUGUGUUACAGUAUGAGGAGCGUUUCAUUGCUUUGUCUCGGUUUGCCCCUGAGUUGGUGGCGACAGAAAAGUUGAAGGUUGAUCAGUUUAUCAAUGGCCUUCUACCUGUAUAUCGGGAUUGGUUGGCGCCUCAUGAUUAUUCGACUUUUAAGUUAGCUGUGGAGGCUGCUAUGAGGUGUGAGGCUAGAUAUCUGGACGGUUCCCGACCUUUGGAGAUUGGCGGUCCUUGUCAGGGGCCAUCUAAGAGAAUUGCCUCUAGUUCGGGUUCUGCAUCGUCAUCAGGCAGUAGGCCGAGCAGUUCAGAUUCUAGCUCUCGUCAGCGUUUCAGGGGACGCUUCAGGAGGCCUGGACAGACAGGUAGGAGACAGUUCAGGGGUGGCACUGCUAGUUCCAGUGGAGGCUUUGGUAGACAGGCGAUUCCGAGAGACUAUCCCCAGUGUGCUACUUGUGGUAGGCACCAUGUGGGCCCGUGUCAGGCAGGUGUGGGGACUUGUUACCAGUGUGGCCAGUGGGGUCACUACAGGAGAGAAUGCCCUCAGUUGACCCAGGGAGUCUUCACUACUACUAGUCAGAGUAUGGGUCAGACCUCUGUGGGUGCUACUAGUUCGGGUUCUCAUGGUAGUUUGUCAGGCAGGAGCAGCACACAGCCUGGUCGUGGACAGAGAGGGCGUCCAGUGACCUAG